AUGUCGAUCCUUGAUUCUCUUACCGAAGCCACGACCUUUGAUAGCCAUGCUGAUAUCGUUAUAUUUAUCGAGCGGCUUUUUCAGGAAGGAAUUGUGUAUUUGCGGCGCGGGGAUACGAAGUCGGUUAAAUCUUACAACAAAGAUCCUAGGAAUAAAGUGAUAAUAGACGAAGAAGUAGAGUUUAAAAGCGUGCAGUACAUAUGUCCUCAUUUUGGAACACACAACUCUCGUGCCAAAAAGGGCCGAAGACUCAAUCAACAUGUGAUGCCCAAUUAUUGUCCUGUGCAAAUUCGAUUUUCGUACAAUCCGGAUGAGUCAGUGAAGAAGUUUAAGAUCACAAAGCUGGAGCUCUUUCACCAUACUCACCCUGUUUCUGAGGCACACCUGCACACAUACGCCAGAAAGAAGCACAUGACUACAGAGGCUUUCGAUUUCGCAAAAAGUGCGCUGGUCGCUGGUGGUCAACCGACCAAAGUUCGAAAACUGCUGCUCGAUAAAUUUGGAUCACAUCUUAUUAGCAAAGACAUCAUCAACCUUAAGCAGACAUUGACUGGUAAGCCUAUUAACAACGAAGUGGCCAUCACUAAAGUAACAUUUACUGACAAAGAUUGCGCAGAGAUCGCCGCCCUGGGAAAAACAUUCACGAAAGCUGUCCAUCUUCUUUGCCAGUUCCAUGGGUUGAAGGCCGUGGACUUCCAUCUUACAAGAACGAAGAACGGAGAAAUUGAAAGAGAAAAGCACCAUGAGAUACGCCAAAAUUUCCGUGCUGCAAUGUACGCAGAAACGCCGGAUGCAUGCGAUAAAGCUAAAGCGUACCUAAUUGGACCUGGAUUGGGAAGCCUUGGUGAAUAUUUUGCCGAUAAUUGGUUUAAUAUCGAGGAUAAGUGGACCAAUUUGGGACGAAGAAAUUUACCAACCUUUGGAAAUAACACGACGAAUCGUAUUGAACGAUUUCAUCAUACCAUCAAGGAUGUGCUGCAGAAGACAAAGAGAUUAUCUGAAGUUAUCCAGACCCUGGUUAACGUGACUUUACUUCGUUUAAGUGACAGGGAGCUGAAACAAAAGAUACGUGAGGUUCGAUUUUCAACACCGUCGAAGCCUGAACUCAUCCGAAAAUUCGCUGAAUCCAUUUCUCCUUUCGCGUGGAAUCUGUUGGAAAACGAAAUCAAGAUAAUGAGGAAAAACUAUCAUUUCAUCCUAGACAAUGAUUAUUUGACGUACACCAUAAUGUCAAGGAAUACUAAUUACAAAUUGAAAAAAGACUUGUCCAGUUGCAGCUGUCACUUUUAUUCAGCAUUUGGACUCCCGUGUCGCCACAUCAUAUAUUUCCAUUUCAAGGACAAUCUCGAAAUUCCGUCCGGAUCUUAUGCAGAACACUGGAGGAAUGAGUGCUUGGAGGUAACUAUAGAAGUCAAUGAACCAAAUAUUGUUUAUAUUAAUAAUAACGUUCUGAUGGUAUUAGAAUGA